AUGCUCCAUGCAAUGCUGGUUCUUUCGACACAAAUAUCUUCUGUAUUCGAUGCCGGUACCCACUAUACAUCUUUCUUCCAGUGUUCUUCAAGAUGUACCCCUCAUGACAUACCCAAUGUCCCUGCUGGGAUCACAGACAAUUUCAUUGUUCAUUUUUGCUCUACUCGCAUUGACCACCGCUCAUACAACAUUGUCAAUGCCCGAGAUUCAGGUAUUAUCAUGACACCCUACAUGGCCGAACCAGUGGAGUCUGUGACUGUAUAUGAGGGCAGUAUAGAGUUUGAGGAGGCUGCAAACGCCAUGGCAGACAAAUGCCUGCUAUAUUCGUAUCAAGGAGUGUUCUAUAAUAUGCCCACCUGGUGCGAUCUCAAACCUCCUUUUUAUUGUGUUACUCAGGGCCGUUACAUCGGAGUGUUUCCGUCAUUUAUCUGGAAUGCCGUGAAAACCGAACUUUGGACACCGGGCAAUUACAUCGCUAACUAUGUUACUGUUCAGUCACUUGUUGUAGGAGAACAGAAGGUCCAUCGUGCCAUCAGAUAUACUGCUUGUGCUAUUGGCUCUUCUGCAUCCUCAGUUCAGACUAUUAUAUGCACUAAGGCAACAUUGAAGCGGAAGAAAAAACCCAAGCUCAAUUUUUACUGCUCAGUGCUUUCAAGCUCUCGCCAGCAUACCCAAUAUCAAGUUCACCAAGAUGGGUCCAUCAGCUAUACAUUGCAGCGUCUUAAACCUCCCAAAAAUGCUAAACCGACCAUCAAUAAUCAAUCUCGUGCUGCACUGACUCUGCAUGAUGCACCAUUUUCGAUUCCUGAGCCAUUUGAUGAUCUCCCGCUCGACGUUUCUUUAGACUUUUUAGGCCAGCAAAGAAGAAAACAGGCAGCAGGAUCAUCCUUUGUUGAUGUGGUUAAAGUACCGAGGAUUAUUCCUUCGCGAAAUAAUCCGUCUGGAAGGCAGAUGCAACAAAGUCGGUGCUCAGUGUUGCUCGGAAUGUGA